UGCCGCCUGCCCCUUGGAGACAUCCGUGGGAAAUGCAGCUGAGAGGAUCCCUCCUUGUCCUGCCGGCCUUCCCACAGCUGAAAAACCAUACGGGGGUCCCGCUUCAGAGGCAGUCCCUGGCAGCCACCGCCUGCCCAAAUCCCCUCCCGGGCCCAGGGGCGGACGAACAGCCCUGCCCAAGGGCCACCAACCCCGCUCCGCCGUCCCCCGCCCUGGCGGGCUCGUCUCCGACCGGAGAGAAGCGCUCAGCAGCUGGGCUCGCCUUCUCCCUGCCCUCGGAGCCGUUCUGUCUUCGGGGGAGCCCAGGGAUGAUCCUUGGGGGGGUUAGGUGGCCUCCCUCUGGCCGAAGCGCAGGUCGUGUGGCAGCGAGGACAGCCCCAGCCCCUCCGGCAGGGAUGCCUCGGCUCCGGCAGGCCCAGGGACGCGGCCGUGGCGGCUGUGGCAAAACUCGUACACAUUUCCUGCCCGCUAUGAAGACAUAGCGGGCUCCCCCAAACCUCUCCCCAGCCACAAGUGCACGCUAAACUGUGCCUUCCCGAGCACAGCGAGGUAUGUAUAUUUUUCAAUUUGUC